GAGUCCACCACUAUGAAUCCGUAUGAAUAUGAAACGACACUAGAUUGUCGGGAUGUGGAUACACGCGCCGGGAGCGGCGGCGGCGGUGGCGGAGGUGGUGGUGGUAGUGGUGUUGGUGGUGGGACAGGCGUUAUUGGUGCCGCUGUUGGCGGCAUGAUGAGUUUACGGCACAAUCCCACAUCUGCACAUUCACAUCAGAAUACGUUGCAACAUCAAAAUCAACAAAAUUUACAAUUGCAACAACAACAAAUGCAACAGCAACAACAAUCACCAUACGAUUAUGAAUAUCAACAUUUGCCACAUCGCGCUGGUGAAUUGGCAGCAGCAGCAGCAGCAGCAGCGAACAGUAGCGGCGGUAUGUCAACGGCACAACGGAACACACACGGCAGACCAGGCUAUCUCCUUGAAGGAGUUACGCCAUCGGCACCACCGGAUGUCCCACCAAGGAAUCCAACAAUGAAUCGCAUGAAUAAUGGCCGUUUAGUCCCUGGUAACCCAAAUGAUUUGGGCGUUGAUUUCGAGCCAUCGUGUUUGGUGCGAACCCCAUCGGGCAACGUCUACAUUCCAAGUGGAAACUUAAAUAUCAACAAAGGUUCACCCAUCGAUUAUAAAAGCGGCUCUGCCUGCUCAACACCCACAAAAGACACACUUAAAGGUUACGAGCGUAGCACGAAUAAUUGCAUGGGACCGGGUCUUCCACCGCGCAGUGUUAUGAGCAGUAUGCCUGCGCAUCAUUACUCAACACCGAUGAAUUUUCGCAAAGGCUUAGCGGCGCGCUGGCAUCGCUGGCGAUGUGCGCUCAACAUUUGUUUGGCGGUCUUUGCGUUACUGGGCUUGAUUUCAAUCGUUCUUUAUGUAUCCGGCGUACUGCACUUGUCCAUGGACGAACCACGCACAAUUCUAGUCGGCAAUGAGGCAUCCGAGGUGACGGCCGCCAAAAGCACUAAUACGGAUCUAACGAAAUUUGGACAACCCACCACGGUCACAGCAUCAACGGCAACCUCAUCACUCUCCUCGAUAUCGGCAUCCCAAGCGGCAGCGGCGCAGGCGGCAAGCGGCGGCAGUGCUGACAUGAUUGGCACUGGCGUCGGCAUGAUUGGUGGCGUGGGCGUUGGCGGCGCUUUGCCAUCAUCGACUGCCUACCAAUCGCCAGCAUCCGCCUCAUCGGCAAUAGCUGCUUUGGGUACUACCGGUGCUGUGGCGUCUUCGCCCUCAUCCUCAUCGCUGGCAAAUGCCAAUAAUGGAGACAUAAGAAAUGAGGUAUUCCAUGUGCCAGCAAUUAUAGUGCCCGCCGCAUGGCCGCAUGGUGGGCGCGUUUACAACGCGUUUGAAUAUCAAAAGGUACAACAACAAAAAUCGCUGCAACGAAAAAUAAUACCAACAGUGACGACACAGCUUUCAUUUCGCGUAGAACAAUAUGAAAGAAGACGUGAACAACAACAACAACACCGUGCAGGUGGCCGCGAAGCACAUCAUGACAGCGAGAGAUGGCGACAAAGGCAAAAAUACAAUCAGCGAUAUGCGUACGCUUAUCAACCUAAGCAACAGCAACAACAACAAGUUGGAGACCAAGUGUCAUAUAAACAACCGCAACCACAACCACAACAAAAACCACAUGGUGCACGUAAGAAACGUUAUCGCCGAAGUUUAAUGACAGACCAACAAAGCCUCGACUCAAUUACGGGAACGCAUGAGCAGAAUGCUGGAGGUGGCGCUUAUGGCAAAUGGCAAACGUAUACGAGUGUUGACAACAACAACAACAAUAAAGAGAGUAAACGGAAAAGAGCCAAUAACGCAGACUUUGUUGAUGAAAAAAUAAAGGACAACGGCGGGGGCGAUAGUGAUGUGUCGUCAUCGCUUGACGUCGCUGGGGUCGCUGACAGCUUUGAAGUUACUGAAAAGACAAAGGGCGAAUCGGUGAGGUUACCAUGGGACGAUGAUGAGUUCAAAGAGUUGACAAAGCAGCCGGUAGAUGAUAGAGUUUUUGACACUUCCACCGCACGGCCAACAUAUGUCGAGGUGGAGUUUCCAUUUUCAACACGAGCUGGGGCAGCGAAUAAUGAGCCUACAAAAGAUGAAAAUGAAACGAAAACAUUAAUGGCAAAACUGUCAAAACCAACUACAGAAAAUUGCAAAGAAGCAGACGCGCUACACAAGUGUCAAACGCUUCUGUUAGCGCACACCAACUCGCGCGCUGAAAGUAACUACACGGCGGUGGACAAAAAAGCGCCUGAGCUGUCGAAAAAGGAAGGGUAUGAGAAAGGUAACGUAGAUUCCAAGCAAGCUGCCCACAGUGACAGCAAUGAAAAUAAUAAUCGAACGCCAAGCGCCGCUUAUAACGACUCGUCUGUCAACGCGCAGCAAACUUUGCAAAUCAAUAAAGUAUUAAAUCUCAAUCAAAGCACUAAUGAUGACAAAGAAAUUGCUGCCGCCGACGUAGUUCAGGCGCUCGAUGAUGACACGUCGUGGCGAAAGGCGUACAAAGGCGAAAUUACCCUGACCACCGUUUCUGCUGACGAUGAGGUGUAUGCUGAUAAGAAAGAGAAAAAGAAUGAAGAGACAUUCCCGACGAUUGGCAAAGUUUUAUUAAAGGCUUUCCUGGCUGAACAUAAUGAAGUGCUAAAUAUGACAAGCGACAAUGACGCGCGUAGCUCGUCUGGUUAUGGAGAAAGCGUUGCGGAAGCGACAAAUAGCGCACUAGAGGAGCGCAUUGAUGAGGUACACAGUCAAGGCGCGUUUGGCGAAUUCAAAGCACACUCAUCUAAAACCAGCUCGCCGCCAACUCCAAAACAUGUGCCUGAUAUUGUUGAUAUGUUUGAUGGCGAUGUUGAUUGUAUUUUCGAUGACACGCAGCGCCAAGUAAGUGACCCAGAGUUUCUAAACAAAGCUGAGAAAGAUGCAAACGAACUUCUUUUUCAAACGGCGACUGAAAUUAAUGCGAUAUCCAUGGCAUCGCGUGCAGCGUUUAACGAAAAUAAAGUUGAAAUAGGCGCGCCGACAGGUGAGAAGACUUUAAGCGCCAAGCCACUCAAGCGCACUUUGCGUACACAGAAAGGCAACGCGCCAAAACAUAUCAAACUCCUGCGUAGACACUUGGGACGCCCCAUACAUGCGCCCGUCUUACCCGCCGCCGCGGCUGGGCAGUUAUUCGAUGUGAUUAUUAAUGAUUAUAGUGAUGAUGACAAUAAUCAAAUUGACAGGCCGCCCGUAAUGGUUGCGCAAGUAGAAGAAGCGACUAAACUUGACCAAGAAAACAUUUUGAAAGAAAAGCAGGGAAAAGUGUCUAAAAUAGACAAAAACAUUGCUAUAAAUGAUGGCAAUAAAAUGGACGAUAAAGCGCUGAAAACCCCGCUUACUAAAUUGAGUAAAAAUGAAGGCGCAGAAGAAAAUACAGCGCGCCAUCAGUGGGUUGAUGAUGCAAAUGAUUUUCAAAUCAAUCGCCAUAAUGGCGCAGCAGACGCAUUGAGCGCCAGUGAAAGCGAUACCAGCAAGGCUGCAACUGAUGAUAACAUUAAUGAGCGUGAUUUAGUUGACAGCUAUGAUGAUGUCGACGGCGCGCAAACACAAGCAAUGCCACCAGUGGCCGCCACAGACACGUCAAAUGUCAUAAAAAUUGAUAAAUCCAAAAUGAAUGAGCAAAAAGCAGGGCAGCGCAUAAACGCCGCCGAGUCGUUGGUAGAGACGCAAGGCGAGCAAAAUGAAAUGCAUGAAAAUCGAGCCAACGAAAACCAAUGGCAAAUUAAGCUAAACGGAAGUCAAAUACAAAAUGAACACGACACAACAACGCUUGAGCAAAAUAUGGCAAUAGUUGGAGGCGAUGUUGGUGCUGAUGUUGAUGUUGAGACAAUUACUAGUCAGCAAAUGAUAACAGCUGAUGAACGACAAACGAUGGAGAUAAAUGAGCGCGCGUCAGUGGCAAGUAAAGCAACAGCGGAGGAAGGAAAAAACUCAAACGACUUCUUGGGGGAUGAAUUGAAGAAGAAGGGAAAUUUUGAAAAAGUAGAAGGAGAAGAAAAGUCAGAAUAUAUGGAAGAAACUAACGACUCAACGGAAAAUGGAGCAGAAGAGGAGGAGCGUGAAACGCCAGUGACAGCAUCAGCAACAGAGCCAGCGCAAAUGACCAACAUGCCAACUGAUGAAAUAGACGCUGCAGAGACAGCAGAAAAAGUGUCUGAAAGCAAGAAUGCGGGUGUGAAAGAGCUUGAAGGGCCACACCAACUUGAAGACGAAGCUCAAGCGCAAACCACUGCAGCAUUAACCCAUUUAAGUCGCACACAAGAAACCACAUCGACACCAACAGUUGUAGUUGAUGAAAGCAACACUAAGCCUGAUGAUGAGCUCAUGCUUAAUGACGGUUUAAUGCCACUGCACAGCAAGCAGCACACACAGCGCGACACAACGCAUACUAAACGAAACCACAACAUGCACAAUACAAACGGCAAUAACAAUUUCAAUACAAAUUCCAUUACUAAUGACCAACAACACCAUCCACAACAGCAGCAACAUUACAUGAGCGUGCCAAAUGCCGACGACAUUGACAUAAUCAAAUUGGAGGAUACACAUUCGAGUGAAGAUGAAAUCUACAAAACCAUAGAAGACACUAGUAAUGCAAGCGCCCACCAGGAGAAGACGAAAUAUAUGUACAAUAAACAUAAAGAGUUUGUCACCAGCCGACCGCCGAAGUAUCCAGCGAAAAUAGAAAAUGAAGUGCUAAAAAAAGAUGAUAUUCAAGUCAACGAGCCGCCACCCUACCCGCUCAAGCCCCCCGUCGUGAGCGAAACAUACGAUCUGCCGAACAAACAUAUACUCGUGAAUGUCACGAUCGCCACCGAAGGCGACAGCAAUUCCGUGUAUACGCUGCAUGUCGCCGUGCCGCUUGGUGGACGGUCAAAUGAUAUACAAGAGGUGCUCACCCACGAACACAUGAGAGCACCGCCACAAGAAUUGAAUGUACAGCCGUUGAAAGUGCAAAAAGCGCAUAACGACGCGCCGCCCAUGUACAACAGUCCCUAUUGCAUACCGGAGCCGCCACCACCCAUACCGGAAUGUCCUUGUAAAUGUGUAGAUUUCUUAGCAAACAACGCAGCAGCAGAAACUGCUGAAAGCGUCGAAGAAUUUGUUGCCUUAAAGGAUGAUAAUACCGACGAUAAUACACACCGCGCUGCCAUAACAACCACGGCGCCAAAUUCCACGCACAAUUUCCUUAACCCACCAACACCGCCUUUACAAUUUUCCGCCGCAACCGCAACUAUGCCCACUAAUUACGAGACUGCAACUGAAGACUUUCUCUUAUUUAAUACAACCACCUCCAAUACUUCAUUUACUAAUUUACUUGGUGUUGUUGCAUCUGAUGUGCAAAGUGUUGAUGAUCAUAUUGUCCUUGCUGGUGUUGGCAAUAAUAAAACUGCAUGUCCUGAUGUUAUGCCUAUUCUGAUACUUGAAGGCGCGCGCACAUUCCCAGCACGCAGUUUCCCACCAGAUGGCACUACCUUCGGGCAAAUCACAUUGGGUCAAAAGCUGACUAAGGAGAUACAACCGUAUAGUUAUUGGAAUAUGCAGUUCUAUCAAUCGGAGCCGGCUUAUGUGAAAUUCGAUUAUACAAUACCGCGUGGUGCCUCGAUUGGCGUUUAUGGUCGUCGUAACGCCUUGCCCACACACACGCAAUAUCACUUUAAGGAAGUGUUGAGUGGUUUCAGCGCGAGUACAAGGACAGCGCGUGCAGCACACUUAUCGAUUACACGGGAGGUUACACGCUACAUGGAACCCGGUCACUGGUUCGUUUCGCUAUACAACGAUGAUGGUGACGCACAGGAGGUGACCUUCUAUGCCGCCAUCGCCGAGGAUAUGACACAGAAUUGCCCGAACGGUUGCUCCGGCAAUGGUCAGUGCCUGCUCGGACACUGCCAAUGUAAUCCCGGCUUUGGUGGUGACGAUUGCAGCGAAAGCGUAUGCCCCGUGUUGUGUUCACAGCAUGGCGAAUAUAUAAAUGGUGAAUGUAUUUGUAAUCCCGGUUGGAAGGGUAAAGAAUGUUCAUUACGUCAUGAUGAGUGCGAGGUGGCCGAUUGUAAUGGACAUGGUCAUUGCGUGAGCGGCAAGUGCCAAUGCAUGCGUGGCUAUAAAGGGAAAUUCUGUGAGGAAGUUGACUGCCCGCAUCCCAACUGCUCUGGGCAUGGCUUCUGCGCUGAUGGCACGUGCAUUUGUAAGAAGGGUUGGAAGGGCACGGAUUGUGCUACGGUAGACAAGGAUGCGCUGCAAUGCCUGCCCGACUGCUCGAACCACGGCAGCUUCGACGUCGAUACACAGACCUGCACCUGCGAACCGAAGUGGAGUGGCGACGACUGCUCGAAGGAGCUUUGUGAUUUGGAUUGCGGUCAACAUGGUCGUUGUGUGGGUGACGCCUGCACUUGCGAUGCCGAAUGGGGUGGCGAAUACUGCAACACGAAGCUGUGCGAUACACGCUGCAAUGAGCAUGGCCAGUGCAAGAACGGCACCUGUCUCUGUGUGACCGGUUGGAAUGGCAAACACUGCACUAUCGAAGGCUGUCCGAAUGGUUGCUCGGCGCACGGCCAGUGUCGUGUUAGCGGAGAGGGUCAAUGGGAAUGUCGUUGUUACGAGGGCUGGGAUGGCCCGGAUUGUGGCAUAGCGCUCGAACUGAACUGUGGCGAUAGCAAGGACAAUGACAAGGAUGGUCUCGUCGAUUGCGAGGAUCCCGAGUGCUGCGCCAGCCACGUCUGCAAGACAUCACAGCUUUGUGUGUCCGCACCCAAGCCCAUCGAUGUCUUGCUGCGCAAACAACCGCCCGCCAUAACCGCUUCAUUCUUCGAACGCAUGAAAUUCUUGAUUGACGAGAGCAGUCUGCAGAAUUAUGCCAAACUCGAGACGUUCAAUGAAAGCAUUUUUUGGAAUUAUUUCAAUGCAAGCCGUUCCGCCGUUAUACGCGGUCGUGUCGUCACCUCACUCGGCAUGGGUUUGGUUGGCGUACGCGUAUCCACCACAACACUCCUCGAAGGCUUCACGCUGACACGCGAUGAUGGCUGGUUCGACUUGAUGGUCAAUGGUGGUGGCGCCGUCACACUGCAAUUUGGGCGCUCACCUUUCCGGCCACAGUCGCGUAUCGUACAAAUACCCUGGAAUGAAGUGAUCAUCAUUGAUGUGGUGGUUAUGUCCAUGUCGGAGGAGAAGAAUUUGAUACCCGUACCGCACACGUGUUUCUCGCAUGACUAUGAUCUCAUGAAACCGGUUGUGUUGGCUUCGUGGAAGCAUGGCUUCCAAGGCGCUUGUCCCGAUCGGUCGGCAAUUUUGGCCGAAUCACAAGUUAUACAGGAGUCUUUGCAAAUACCUGGCACCGGUUUGAAUUUGGUUUAUCACUCCUCGCGUGCCGCUGGUUACCUGUCGACAAUAAAGCUGCAACUCACGCCUGAGAGUAUACCGGACACGUUACACUUGAUACAUCUGCGCAUAACCAUUGAAGGCAUUUUGUUCGAGCGCGUGUUUGAAGCUGAUCCGGGCAUUAAAUUCACUUAUGCUUGGAAUCGUUUGAAUAUCUAUCGCCAGCGCGUUUAUGGCGUGACCACCGCUAUUGUGAAGGUGGGCUAUCAAUACACCGACUGCAAGGACAUCAUUUGGGAUAUACAAACCACCAAACUCUCCGGUCAUGACAUGUCCAUUUCGGAGGUGGGUGGCUGGAAUCUUGAUAUACAUCACCGUUACAAUUUCCACGAGGGCAUACUGCAGAAGGGCGACGGAUCCAACAUCUACUUGAAGAAUAAACCACGAGUCAUACUCACCACCAUGGGUGAUGGCCAUCAGCGUCCACUGGAGUGUAACGAAUGUGAGGGUUUGGCUUACAAGCAACGUCUACUAGCGCCUGUCGCAUUGGCUUCCUCUCCCGAUGGCAGCCUGUAUGUGGGCGACUUUAAUUACAUACGCCGCAUUAUGACCGACGGCAGCAUACGCACGGUUGUUAAGUUGAAUGCCACACGCGUCUCCUACCGCUAUCACAUGGCGCUCAGUCCACUCGAUGGCACACUCUUCAUAUCCGAUCCGGAGUCGCAUCAGAUCAUACGCGUACGCGACACCAAUGACUAUUCUCAACCGGAAAAGAACUGGGAACCAAUUGUCGGCUCGGGUGAACGUUGUCUUCCAGGUGAUGAAGCACAUUGUGGCGAUGGCGCCUUAGCCAAAGAUGCAAAACUGGCUUACCCCAAAGGCAUUGCUAUUUCUAGCGACAACAUACUUUACUUUGCCGAUGGAACGAAUAUACGCAUGGUGGACCGCGACGGCAUUGUUACUACGUUGAUUGGUAAUCAUAUGCACAAGUCACACUGGAAGCCCAUACCUUGUGAAGGUACACUCAAACUGGAGGAAAUGCAUUUGCGUUGGCCCACUGAGUUGGCUGUGAGCCCCUUAGACAAUACGCUGCACAUCAUCGAUGAUCACAUGAUCUUGCGUAUGACACCAGAUGGACGCGUGCGUGUGAUCUCUGGACGCCCAUUGCACUGUGCCACCACCUCUACCGUCUAUGACUCUGAUUUGGCUACACACGCAACUCUUGUGAUGCCGCAAUCCAUAUCCUUUGGUCCUAUGGGCGAGCUGUAUGUGGCAGAGAGCGACUCACAGCGCAUUAAUCGCGUGCGCGUAAUUGGCACGGACGGACGCAUUGCACCUUUCGCAGGCGCGGAGUCCAAAUGCAAUUGCUUAGAACGCGGCUGCGACUGCUUCGAGGCCGAACAUUUUCUGGCAACGAGCGCAAAGUUCAACACUAUAGCCGCACUCUCUGUCACCCCCGACGGUCAUGUACACAUUGCCGACCAAGCAAAUUACCGCAUACGUUCCGUUAUGUCCAGUAUACCGGAAGCGAGCGUUUCACGCGAGUAUGAAAUCUAUGCACCAGAUAUGCAAGAAAUAUACAUCUUUAAUCGCUUUGGACAACACGUCUCUACAAAGAAUAUUCUCACUGGUGAAACCACUUACGUCUUCACCUAUAAUGUCAACACCUCGAACGGGAAACUCAGCACCGUCACCGAUGCGGCGGGCAAUAAAGUCUUCCUACUGCGCGACUACACCUCACAGGUCAACUCCAUUGAAAACACGAAGGGCCAGAAGUGUCGUCUACGCAUGACACGCAUGAAGAUGUUGCACGAACUGAGUACACCUGACAACUACAAUGUGACCUUCGAGUAUCACGGUCCCACUGGGUUGCUUAAGACUAAACUCGAUUCCACCGGCCGCUCCUAUGUCUACAACUACGAUGAGUUUGGUCGUCUCACCUCGGCAGUAACACCCACAGGCCGUGUCAUUGACUUAGUUUUCGAUCUAAGCGUUAAAGGCGCACAGGUUAAGAUAUCUGAGAAUGCACAGAAGGAACAAUCGAUGCUGAUUCAAGGCUCCACCGUUAUGGUACGCAAUGGUGCUGCUGAAUCUAAGACCUCCGUAGAAAUGGACGGCUCAAUGACAAGCCUAACACCAUGGGGUCACACGGUGCAGAUGGAGGUAGUACCGUACGCUAUCUUGGCUGAAAUCAACCCAGUAAUUGGAGAAAGCUAUCCCGUACCCGCUAAGCAACGUACCGAAAUCGCAGGCGAUCUGGCUAAUCGCUUUGAGUGGCGUUACUUUGUGCGUCGCAUGCAGCAAGGUAAACAAGGCAAAGGACCACGUCCCGUCUCACAAGUGGGACGCAAACUACGCGUCAAUGGUGACAAUGUACUUACCCUGGAAUACGAUCGCGACACGCAGUCCGUGGUAGUGCUGGUCGAUGAUAAGCAGGAGCUCUUGAAUGUAACAUACGACCGCACAGCACGUCCAGUCAGUUUCCGUCCACAAUCCGGCGAUUAUGCUGAUGUCGACUUGGAAUACGAUCGCUUCGGCCGUUUAGUAAGUUGGAAGUGGGGUGUACUACAGGAGGCAUACUCCUUUGAUCGCAAUGGGCGCUUGAAUGAAAUCAAAUACGGUGACGGCUCUUCAAUGGUUUAUGCCUUCAAAGACAUGUUCGGCUCACUACCACUGAAGGUGACCACACCACGCCGUUCUGACUAUCUGUUGCAGUACGAUGACGCAGGCGCGUUACAAAGCUUAACCACACCACGUGGCCACAUACAUGCAUUCUCCUUGCAGACCUCACUCGGCUUCUUCAAGUAUCAGUACUUCUCGCCCAUUAACCGCCAUCCAUUCGAAAUACUCUACAACGAUGAGGGUCAAAUACUCGCCAAGAUACAUCCACAUCAAUCCGGCAAGGUGGCGUUCGUACAUGACUCUGCUGGCCGUUUAGAAACUAUAUUGGCUGGUCUCUCGAGUACACACUACACCUAUCAAGACACAACCAGCCUCAUAAAGUCAGUUGAGGUACAGGAGCCCGGCUUCGAGUUACGUCGCGAGUUCAAGUACCACGCCGGUAUACUCAAGGAUGAAAAAGUACGCUUUGGCUCAAAGAACUCUUUGGCCUCCGCUCACUAUAAAUACUUCUACGAUGGCAAUGCACGUCUCAGUAGCAUCGAAAUGUCCAUUGAUGACAAGGAAGUGCCUACAGCACGCUACAAGUACAGUCAGAACUUAGGUCAACUGGAAGUGGUGCAAGAUCUGAAGAUCACACGCAACGCCUUCAACCGCACCGUAAUACAAGACUCUGCGAAGCAAUUUUUCACUAUCAUCGAUUACGAUCAACAUGGUCGCGCGAAGAGCGUGCUCAUGAAUAUAAAGAGCUUCGACGUCUUCCGCCUCGAGUUAGACUACGAUUUGCGCAAUCGUAUCAAGUCGCAGAAGACCACAUUGGGGCGCUCAACCUCUUUCGAUAAGAUCAAUUACAAUGCCGACGGCCACGUUAUCGAAGUGCUCGGCACAAACAAUUGGAAGUACUUAUACGAUGAGAACGGCAACACCGUGGGCAUUGUGGAUCAAGGCGAGAAAAUCAACCUCGGCUACGAUAUUGGCGAUCGUGUCAUACAAAUUGGUGAAAUUGAGUUCAACAACUAUGAUGCGCGUGGUUUUGUGGUGCGUCGCGGUGAGCAGAAAUACCGCUACAACAACCGCGGCCAGCUGAUACAUGCCUUCGAAAGAGAUCGUUUCCAGUCGUGGUACUACUACGAUGACCGCAGCCGUUUGAUCGCCUGGCACGACAGUAAAGGUAACAUAACGCAGUACUACUACGCGAACCCGAAGACGCCUAAAUUGCUGACGCAUGUACACUUCCCGAAGGUAGGUAAAACCUUGCGUUUCUUCUACGACGAUCGCGAUAUGUUGAUUGCCGUGGAGAAUGGCGAUCAGCGUUACUAUGUAGCUACAGAUCAGAAUGGCUCACCACUGGCGUUUUUCGAUCCGAACGGCAUCAUAAUUAAGGAUGUUCGACGCACACCUUUCGGUCGCACUAUCAAAGACACCAAUCCUGACUUCUUCAUACCAAUUGAUUUUCAUGGUGGAUUGCUUGAUCCCAAUACAAAAUUGGUCUAUACCGAAGACCGCCACUACGACCCCACAGUUGGACAGUGGAUGACACCUAAGUGGGAAACACUUGCUACCGAAAUGUCUAAUCCUACAGACGUCUUUAUCUACCGCUACCACAAUAAUGACCCCAUCAACCCCAAUAAACCACAGAACUAUAUGAUCGACUUGGAAUCAUGGCUACAGCUUUUCGGGUAUGAUCUACGCAACAUGCAGAGCUCGAAAUACACCAAAGACGCACAGUAUGUGCCACAAAUAUCCAUCAAAUCGAAUACACUCGCGCCAGAGUUUGGCGUUAUCUCCGGCUUGGAGUGCAUUGUCGAGAAGACCAACGAGAAGUUCAGCGACUUUGACUUCGUGCCGAAACCACUGCUAAAAAUGGAACCGAAGAUGCGAAACCUCUUGCCACGCAUUAGCUACCGGCGUGGCGUCUUCGGCGAGGGCGUGCUACUUUCACGCAUUGGCGGACGCGCACUAGUCAGCGUGGUCGAUGGCUCAAAUAGCGUUGUGCAAGAUGUUGUCUCCUCCGUCUUCAACAAUUCCUACUUCCUCGAUCUGCACUUUAGCAUACACGAUCAGGAUGUCUUCUACUUUGUCAAAGACAAUGUGCUCAAACUGCGCGACGACAACGAAGAACUUCGACGACUCGGUGGCAUGUUCAACAUAUCAACACACGAGGUAACCGAUCAUGGCGGUACCGCUGCAAAGGAAUUACGUCUCCACGGACCCGAUGCAGUGGUGAUCAUUAAAUAUGGCGUCGAUCCCGAUCAAGAGCGUCACCGUAUACUCAAACAUGCGCACAAACGCGCCGUCGAACGCGCGUGGGAACUUGAAAAGCAGCUAGUGGCUGCUGGUUUCCAAGGACGCGGCGACUGGACGGAAGAGGAGAAGGAGGAGCUGGUGUCGCAUGGCGAUGUAGACGGGUGGAUCGGCAUUGACAUACACAGCAUCCACAAAUAUCCACAACUGGCAGAUGAUCCCGGCAAUGUAGCAUUCCAACGCGAUGCGAAACGCAAGCGCAGAAAGAUUGGUAAUGGACAUCGGUCAGCGAAAUCACGCCGUCAGCAGGUGAGAGUUGUGGACUUGAGUGCGUGAGUAGGGGAGAAUAGUGAAGAUGCAAAUAAAAUAAGCGAUAUAGAGACAACUGUGACCAAAAUGAGCAAAGCUGCUGGGCGUGUGCGUACAGAACAUGUAGAGAUUGAGCAGCUUAGGAGAAGCAAGUUAAACGAAGGUUGGCAGCGGGGCGCUGCAGCAAAUAAAUUUAACACACUCGAAACAACACUGUACUUGGACAACAACAGCAAGAUCAGCGACGAAGAUGACGGUGAAAACGAUGAUAAUGACGAAGACGAGAACGAGAACGACAACAGUGACGCUGACGAGGUGCAACCAAAGGACGUACGCGACCUACGCGCUGUUGUCGAUGAAGUCAACGAUAGUGAGGGCGAAGACUACAAUUAUCAAGACGAAUACUAUUACAAUAACAAUAACAACUACCACUACGAACAGCAGCAGCACUAUCGAAGCAGCAAAAGCACAGAUACAGAGGACUUAUAUUGAAAAGAGAAGAUGCAGAAGAAAACAAUACUAUUUAAUUGAAAAAAAAAAUCAACUGCAAUGAAAAUUAAGAUUAAUGUUUUAAGGAGUAUUUAGAUAAAAAACAAAAUAUGUAUGCGUACGUACGACUAAUUUCAAUACUAUGAGUAGGUUUGUGUGUAAAAAAAAUCAUAAAAAAUACUAGAGAUACAGAAACAGAAAACUCUGAGAAAAUGGCAAAUUUGUAAAAACGAAAUGAGUGAUGGCAGACUGCAAAACAAGUAGAGGAGCCGCACAUUACGAAAAAAAUUUAGCAUAAAACAAUAAAACUAUUCAUAUUCAACAUUAUUCGAGAGCUGAAGAGCGGCGAUAUUAGAAAAAAUGCCGGAGUUUUAAGGAAAAACGAAAGGUGUUUUUUUCAUGAAGCAUGAAAUUGCAAAAAAUCGAAAGUAAUGUGCGGCAUUGCUUAACAUGCAUGGAAAACCAGCAAGCAUUUUAUUUUGAGGUUGUGUACCACCAGCAGGCGUAGCAUUGUUUUGAAAAGCCCGCGUUUAUUUUGUAAAAAGUCACAAAAAAAAUACCAACAGAAAGUGUGAGCCAGUGAAAAAGCCAUCAAAUUUUAACUUGUAAGUGGUAAAUAAGCAGUAAUAGAUUAGCUAAUUAAGUAUUGUAAUAGGCAGAUGUAAGAAAAAGGCGGCGUAUUAAGGCGAAGAAAAGCAUGAACUUAGUGUAACUGAAUGUUUUUGUAUAAUUGCAGGAAGUAAGACGAAAAGAAAGCAAAUAGUUGGUGCAUAAAGAGAAUCUGAAGAGUAAAAAAUAAGGAAAAACAAGAAAAAA